AUGGGCAAACCCAAGGCUUUGUUGCUUGGUAAGAUUGACCACGCCACGACUUCCUGGAACGCCCUUUGCGAUGUUGCAGAACUGGUCUCUACUCAAGCAAAGAAUCGAGCAGAGUUUAUUGAAGAAUGCACAUCUGGCAGACUCGACGGCGUUGUUGUAAUUUGUGACCGGGCACCAUCUAGCCUUGCCGUCACAGGCAGAUAUGACGAAGAACUCAUCCAAGCGUUGCCGAAGAGCUUAAAGUUUAUAUGUCACAACGCACGCUCAAUUCUUAUUUCAAAUUGCCCCAACGUGGUCGAUGACGCUACGGCUGACACUGCCAUCUUUCUGAUCCUGGCCGCGCUCCGAGGAUUCAAUAACGGCAUUAUGGCGAUACGGAAUGGUACGUGGAGGGGAGCCGUACCGCCUCCUCCUCUCGGCCAUGAUCCACAAGGCAAAAUCCUUGGUAUCCUAGGAAUGGGAGGCAUUGGUCGGAAUCUGAAGAAAAAAGCCGAGGUUUUCGGCAUGAGCGUUAUAUACCACAAUAGGAAGCAGCUGGACGUGGAGCAGGCCGGCGGUGCAGAAUACGUGGGCUUUGAAGAUCUGUUGGCAAGAAGCGAUGUGCUGAGUUUGAACCUGCCGCUCAACUCAGGAACACGGAAUAUUAUUUCUACUCCAGAGUUCGAUAAGAUGAAGCAAGGUGUUGUCAUUGUCAACACUGCCAGGGGAGGUGUCAUGGAUGAAGCUGCUCUUGUCGACGCCCUCAAUAACGGCAAGGUUUGGUCCGUUGGAUUAGAUGUUUAUCAGCAGGAGCCUAACAUACAUCCUGGCUUGGUAUCUAACCCACAUGUAUGUCUACUGCCCCAUAUGGGGACGUCGACGGUCGAGGUUAGUACUGUAGUCCGCUUAUUCUUCAGCAAGAUGGGAAUGCUAAUCGAAGUGGGAUGA